AUGUGCCUCGAAUGGUUGGUGGAGCAGGGCAGUCAGGAAACGAAACAGACGCUGGUCAAUUUGAGGCUGACGUGGCAACCUGCCAAGGUGAUCGGGAACGACGUCAUCUUGAAGAGGGCGCUCGUCGAGUGCGCCAUCAACUUUCCGGAGUUUGCCCCCUUAAUUGGUUUGCCGGAAACACCGGAAUCAGAGCCGUUCAAAAACGAGCUGCGAAACGGAGUGCAGUGUCUGCACGUGGACCGGAUGGUGCGGGUCCGGCAGAUUGACGUCGAGGAUUUAGCGGACUUAGGCAGCUUAGCGGAAAGCGCCGAGUUCACGACCGACGUCCUGCGAUGGUCCAUACACGAGUUCCGGGCGGCACAUGUGGGGAGGAAACUUAGCAGACGCAGGACCACUUCGCAACGAAGCGCGCACUCCUCCAACGUUCAGGCCCAGGUUCGACAUCGAAGGAGUUUGCCGACAGUAGCUCUUCACCAAGUCGCGGACCUGACGGAACUAUUGGCAGCAAGGCGGACCUCCGUCGAGGAGGCGUCAACGACCCCUCCUGAGUGGCGCUUCCUCCUUCCGGUCAUUUUCCACCCUCUUCACCCUCUCGUGAAAAUGGCCUCCAUGUCCCUCGACGAAUCCAAGGCCCCUGAGACCCCUCGGACCCACCACAGCGGCGGAAUAGAAGCGCCGGUUGCCGAAACAGGGCCCGCUGAUUUCGACAUCUCUCCCAAGUCGGUGGCGGGGAAGGCCGGGAAGGGAUCCCCCGUCAAGGCGCCCUCGGAGGCGUUCCUCCGGCGCCGCAAGCGGGGGGGUGGGGCAGCCGGCCCUUCCGAUGAUCUCCCCUUGGAGCGGAAGCGGCGGACCCCCCCUUUCCGGGAAGCAGGGUUUCCCACAGCCGGCAGCUACACUUGGACCUGGCCGGCCGAGAAGAGACCCCGGCCGGUGCCGAAGGCACCCUGCCGGCUGGUCAGCCGGCAGAAAAUGCAGGCGCUUAGUGGGCUCAGCCGGCCGGUAAACCAAAUGCUGGCUACCGAGCCGGCAGAACCGGGGGGGCGCCGGCAGCUGGCCGGCCGGGACAAAAGUCCGUGGGAAACCCUGCCGGGAAGACGAUAUCCUCCCAAUUUGGUGCUGCUUGGAACUGUGUCAUCGUCGGAGGACGCAUAA